GACAGGAGGACAGACAGACAGGAGGACAGACAGGAGGACAGACAGGAGGACAGACAGCCUUUCAGCCUGAGUCACGGCUCCUCUUGUCUCUCACCAGCUGCUCGACAUGGCGACGUGGAGGUCCAGAUGUUGGCCUGCUGAUGAUGCUCCGUGAUCCCACACAGGACUGAACCAGGGCUCUACCCGGAGUACACACUGUAUGUACAGUACACUUUUGGAUGUAACCAAGACUGAAAGGACGACAUGAUGUCCCCGAGGUGGACCCGUCUCCCAGCUUCGUUGGUCCUGGUCCUAGUUUUUUCCCGCUCAGUGGCGGCAGCCCGCUCUGACAGAAACAUGGUGUCGGAGGAGUACGUGGGUGCCACCGUGAACGCCACUGUUCUGGAUGGACGGGGAAACGCCGUCCACUUGAUGAGCAGCGAUGAUGGGACGUACGGACAGAACUCACCAAAAGUGGACACCAGGGGAGUCGUCAUCACACCUGCACAGCAUCACGGAGUGGUGGACCGGCAGGGCUGCGACCCCGGCACUCGUUUCCUGGUCCCCCCUCGGAGCGUCCACUGGGUGGCGUUGCUGCAGAGAGGAAACUGCACCUUUAAAGAGAAGAUUCUGAAGGCGGCCGCCUACAACGCCACGGCCGUGCUCAUCUACAACAACUCCACCGACAAGACGGUCAAGAUGGGUCACGAAGGAACCGGUGACACGGUGGCCGUAAUGAUCACAGAGGCGUACGGUAAAGAGAUCCUGGCACACCUGGAGAGGAACCUGACGGUCCUGGUCAACGUGGUGGUGGGUCAACGUGGCCCCACCAAAAACAUCAACCGAGGCUCGCUGGUGUUCGUGUCCAUCUCCUUCAUCGUCCUCAUGAUCAUUUCAUCAGCCUGGCUCAUCUUCUACUUCAUCCAGAAGAUCCGCUACACCAGCGCCCGAGACCGCAGCCAGCGUCGUCUUGGCGACGCAGCAAAGAAAGCCAUCGGGAAGUUGACAACGAGGACGGUGAAGAAAGGAGACAAGGAGACGGAUCCAGACUUCAACCACUGUGCCGUUUGUAUCGAGGCCUACCAGCUCAACGACGUGGUCCGCAUCCUGCCCUGCAAACAUGUCUUCCAUAAGGUGUGUGUGGACCCCUGGCUGAACGAGCACUGCACCUGUCCCAUGUGUAAACUGAACAUCCUCAAAGCUCUCGGCAUCAUGACCAGUCUUCCCUGCGUGGACAGCGUGGUGUUGGAUGUUGAGCGUCUUGGUGUCAGUCAGGUGUCCGGUGGUCAGAGAGCAACGCUGGGCGACAGCAACCAGCCGUCCAUUAGCAUGGAGCCGCUCAGCCCCCCCCACCCUGAGGCCACGCCCAGAACACCUGCUGACAUCACCAUCGCUGUGACCAGCGGCGGUCACUUCUUCAACAGGAACUCGAUGUCUCCUCGCAGUCUGGUCUGUGAGAUGGAGCUGCCAGACAUCCAGGCCUCGCUAGACCUCUAUGAUGACAACAAGUCCUGAGGACCAUCGUCAUGGUUACGACCUCCCACCUCCACCAGCCGAUGGACGGACAGCCUUCCAUG